GACACCAAGCAGCUGCGUGUUCCUCCUCCCUCCUCCCUCCUCCCUCGAUCAGUCAGGGAAAGGCAAAGGUGAUUGGCCAGCAGACGGGUUGGGAGGUGUCAGAGUUCCCGUGCUGUUUCACGAAGCUCCUAGGAGAGGUUGCACAUGUUCAGUAAAGUGAAAUGCCACACUUAAAGCAAAGGCUGUCUGCUUCACUUCUUCACACGUGCGUCAGGGCUGCUGAAGAAUGAAAAUGUGGAAGAAAAUGGUCACUCCAUGUUGCUCCUACAGAAGUAGCACAGGUUGAUAAACCAGCUCAGGGUAUCAGGUGCCAUGGGUUCAAUAACCAAGAACAGAAAACCAUUCCUAGCCUAAGAACAACAUCUGAAAAGAGGUCCCAGCGACAAAUGAUACUGGUGCAUCACCUUCAGGCCUGGAUUGGUAAUAUGUGCCCCCGGAGAAGAACAAUAGCAAAAAUGGAGACCAGGUCCAAACAAACAAAAAACGCCCUUGUAUUUCAAGAACCCACCUUAGACCCAAUGCAUAGUGACUUUCUACGGCAUCUUACAGGAAUUUGUGGGCCUGAUGAAGACUGACUGCAGACAAGCCACAAGGUUCAUUAGAUAGCAGUGUUGCAGCUGGUUAGAUGAUGCAGCCUCCAAAUUGAGUUCCAGUUAGUGAUGUAGCAGUUGGUCUUGGUGAGUCAAAAGUAUGGUAGUGUAGAAGGCAACCAGCUGUAAAUAAAUCAAGCUAUGGAUAGAUCUCCAAAUUCUCCUGAAUCCCGUGGGCUCACGAGGAAGAGAAACAUCAAAACAAAGACAAAAGGGGCAAAUAAAAAGAUCAAGCUUAUGGGAAACAGCAUGGAGGAGAAAAGCUUGUGCCAAGUAGAGCAAGAGGAGCAGAAGAGAGAGAGAGAGAGGAAACCAGCAGAAGCUCGUCAACUCAAGAAGAAAAGAAACUUCAACGAUGAGAAAGAACAGGAGUCAAAAAGGAUGAAAAAAAGGAUCAGAAAAAUGGAUAACAUCGAGGAAAAGAACUUGCAUAGCUCCAAAGCACAUUGUGAGAAGAAGGAGAAAACCAGGAAGGAAGAUCCAGAAGAAGGAGAAAGUGGAGCAAAGAGGCCUUGUGUUCCAGCUCAAAGGCCCAAUCCAAAAAACAUCACCAGCUAUCAGUUCCACAAGAAUCUUGGGAAAGGAAAGUUUGGCAAGGUUAUGCUGGCGUCACUGAACAACUGCAGAGAUCAAGUAGCAAUCAAAGUGAUUCAGAAGGCGAGGCAUAUAGAGAACAUCGUGGCAGAGGCACGCACUCUCAGGAUCACUGAAGAUUGUCCCUUUCUCUGCCAUGGAUAUGGAGCUUUCCAAAACCAGCUGAAUAUGUUUCUUAUAAUGGAGUUCAUAAGAGGAGGAUCCUUGGAACAGCUUAUAAAUGAGAAAGGUUGCUUGGACAUGGAUAGCAUAAAAUUCUAUUCUGCAGAGAUGAUCGUCGGUCUACAGUAUCUGCAUUCAUGUGGUAUUGUGCACCGCGAUCUAAAACCAUCAAAUAUCUUACUGAGUGCCGAGGGGCAUAUCAAAAUUGCAGAUUUCGGCCUAGUUGCAGAAAGUAUGUUCGGCAACAAAAAGAUCUAUGCCUUAACAGGGACCUUCCUCUACAUGGCUCCAGAGAUUCUUCUGAUGAGUGGGUAUGACGCAGGAGUGGAUUGGUGGUCUUUUGCCAUUAUUCUAUGCCAAAUGGCCAGUGGAAGAGCUCCAUUCAACAAAGACUUGCCAAUGGAAUACUUCAUCCAAUCAGGGAUCUGGCAGCAUCCUUUCAUUCCUGAGGAUAUCAGUACCGAUCUGAAAAAUCUGCUGCAGGAGCUCCUCCAGAAGAAUCCUGACAAGCGUCUGGGCACGACAGGGGAAAUAAGAAAACACCCGUUUUAUAGAUCGGUUGAUUGGACAGCGUUGGAGAGCAGAAAGAUUCCACCCCCUUUCCAGCCAAGAUCUAUACCAACUGUGGAUGUCAAUGCAGUCUGUGAAGAGCCACUGUCAUUCUUAGAAGAGCCGGACUGCAUCAACACAUCAGGUGGUGUAAUAAUGGUUCAGGGUCUUUCAUUCCUGAGUCCCGGCUGGGAAAGAUCUGCAGGCCCCUUUUGCCUCCAACGUCUGCCCUCCCCACCAUGGGCUCCCACUGUCAGCCCUCCUCUCCUCAGACCUCUGCCAUCAGCCUUCCAUACUUUGGAACCCUACCAUCAGCCUCUUUUUCCUCAGGUUUCCUACAUUGGCACUCCUUACCUUGGGGCCUUGUCAACAGCCCUCCCCUCUCUUGACCCCUACUAUUAUCCCUCUCCUCCUUGGCCCCUGCCAUAUGCCCUUCCCUCCUUAGACCUCCACCAAGCCCCUUAGACGCCCUGCCCUCCGUUCUACCUUCCUCUGGCUCCUUCCAUUGGUCCCUCAGCUCUCUCCUACUUGGCCCCUGAUAUUGGUCCUCCUCACCACAGGCCCCCACCAUUAGCCCUCCUAACCAUGUGCCCCAGCCAUCAGCUCUCUCCCCCUUGGCCCCUGCCAUAUGCCAUUCCCUCCUUAGACCCCACCAGCCCU